AUGAAGCUGCUCAUUGUUCUGGCCAUGCUGGCAGCGAGAGCUGCAAGUGUUCAAGAUCUCUCUGGGAAAACGUUCACGUUCCCGGUGCAUAACGACCAAGCUCGUGUCAGGCUGAUAACAACCAAACAACAAUUGAAAGCUGUGACUCUCUGCCACAGAUCGUUCACUGACAUCAGAAGAGACCACAGCCUCUUCUCGAUGUCCACCUCUGGGUUCCCCAACUCUUUCCUCAUAUUUUGGGAUGAAACCCAUAAGGAGAUGGCGGCUUACAUCAUGGGAAAGAGGUCAGACUUCAGGGGACUGGACUACAAACCCAACAUGUGGCACUCCAUCUGCACCACCUGGGACUCAGCGACCGGACUGGUGCAGCUGUGGUUUAAUGGAAGGCCGACAAUUCGCCUAUAUGCCCCCACCUCAUCAGCUAUAACUGGAACCCCGAUGAUCAUUCUUGGACAGGAGCAGGAUUCUCACGGUGGAGGAUUCGACAGCGAUCAGGCUUUUGUCGGGAUGAUGUCGGACGUCCACAUGUGGGACUACGUCCUCUCUUCCUGUGAGAUUAAGAGCUACGUCGACGAGCUGAGUUUCACUCCGGGGAACGUGCUGAACUGGAAGGCGCUGAAGUUCCAUAUCACAGACAAAGUGCUGGUGGAACCAAAAUCUGUCGUGUGUCAAUGA